AAAUGGCUUUCUAACUUGUUAUGGCGGCAGAAAGCAGUACGGCGAGAGCUUUCAAACCACACGUUCCGUACGUCCUCGGACACUGUCAUGAAAGCUUUCACUCACAGCAGGAAUUCACCGGCGGACUUCAAACUACAUGCUGUCAUACUCUGAUCGGAAAACUAUCGAUCCUUCUGGAAACUGUUCGGUCUUGACCAGGGACAACAAUGUCCCUAGUAACAGUGCAGCUCGGUCAGUGCGGCAAUCAGUUGGGUCCUGAGCUGUUUGAUAUCAUCUGCAGCGAUGCUCUGGAGGGACAGAGGAAAGUGUACAGCACAGCCAGCUGUGAGCGAUUCUUCCGCCAAACUGCUCGUGGAGACCUAGUAGCCAGAGCGGCGCUGGUUGACAUGGAGCCCAAAGUGAUCAACCAGAGUAUCAGCAGGGCUCCAAAAUCUGGCAAGUGGAGGUAUGGAGAAACUUCACACUUCAGCCAGAAGCAGGGAUCUGGAAACAACUGGGCUAAUGGGUACUGUGUCCACGGCCCUCGUCACAGAGACGCGGUGGAGGAGCUGGUGAGGCGAGAGGCGGAGCACUGUGACAGACUGGCUGGAUUCAUGGCCAUAAUGAGUGUGGCAGGCGGGACGGGUUCAGGAGUCGGUACCUACGUGACUCAGUGUCUCCGAGACAUGUACCCCAAGGCGUUCAUCCUCAACCACCUCACCUGGCCGUACGGGACUGGCGAGGUGAUCGUCCAGAAUUACAACUCGGUGCUGUCGCUGGCACACCUUUACCAGCUGUCGGACGCCAUCCUGGUGCACGAGAACGACACGGUGCACAGGAUCUGCAGUCAGCUGCUCAACAUCAAACAGAUCUCCUUCAGCGAUGUCAACAGGGUUAUCGCUCACCAGCUGGGCAGCGUCCUGCAGCCUGCACUCACUGCUGACUCCCACGGAGCCUUCAGCAGAAAUCCUCUGGGCGAGCUGCUGAGUGCCCUUGCGUGCCACCCAGAGUACAAGCUGCUCAGUGUGUGUACUAUCCCUCAGAUGCCCAGUGCCUCCAUAGCCUACAGCACGUUCAGCUGGCCAGGCCUCCUCAAACACCUACGACAGAUGCUCAUCUCCAACACCAAGAUGGAGGAAGGUAUAAACUGGCAGGUGCGUCCACCUGCAGCCUCAGAGCGGAGCAGGAGUCUUACAGCAUCCAGCUUUAACACCUCUCUGGCCAACCUGCUCAUACUGAGAGGGAAAGAUGUGUACAGCGCAGAGACAGGCAGCUUCGAGGACCCAGCCCUGUACGCCUCCUGGCUCUCCUCGACAGAAGCUUUCAGCUUGUGGAAAUCCCCAGUGCCUUUUAAUAAAUAUGAAAAAUCUGCCACGCUGGUCAGUAACAGUCAGGCUCUGCUCAGACCUCUGGAUAACAUGGUGGGAAAAGCCUGGAAUAUGUUUGCAUCCAGGGCCUACGUCCAUCAGUACAUUAAAUUUGGGAUCUCUGAGGAGGACUUUCUAGACAGCUUUACUUCUCUUGAGCAAGUCAUCUCCAGCUACAGUCAGCUAUGCUAGAAAUGGGACAAACUU